AUGAAGGCUUUACUAGCAACUGUGAUCAGUCUUGGACUUACGACUGUGGUUAUCGGCAAUGCCUAUUACCAGAAAAAACAGUUUUACCCUUCGAUAGUUUAUCUAACAAAUUCCAAUCCUAGCAUGGCUGUAAUGUAUUUACAAGCCUUUAUACUAGUCCUACUAGUUGGUAAACUAUUGAGGAAGAUAUUCUUUGGGCAACUUCGUCCAGCAGAAUUUGAGCAUUUGAUUGAAAGAUCUUGGUAUGCCAUAACGGAGACAUGUUUGGCAUUCACAGUGUUCAGAGAUGAUUUUAAUCCAAAGUUUAUUGCGCUGUUCACUCUCCUGUUAUUCCUCAAAGCAUUCCAUUGGCUAGCCGAAGAUAGAGUAGACUAUAUGGAGAGGAGUCCAGUGAUAGGGCUGUUGUUCCACGUGAGGAUAUUGACCCUGCUGAUGCUGCUUGCUCAUGCUGACUUCUACUUCAUCCACCAUGCAUACCAGUUCACAGCUGUAAAGGGACCUUCCGUUCAACUCGUAUUUGGCUUUGAGUACAGCAUUUUAAUUAUAAUGAUUGUCAAUAUAUUGAUUAAGUAUGUUCUCCACGCUAUUGACUCACGCUGGGAAGCCCCAUGGGAGAGUAAAGCCGCAGUGUUGCUGUACACGGAGUUGGCUAUAAACUUCCUUAAAGUACUCCUCUACAUUGGGUUUGUGGCCGUCAUGGUGAGGAUCUACACACUACCACUCUUUGCAUUCCGACCCAUGUAUGAAACUAUGAGGAGUUUCAAGAAAGCGUAUAAUGACGUGGUGCUGUCGAGGCGCGCGAUUCGCAACAUGAACACUCUGUACCCGGACGCCACACCUGCAGAACUUGCUGCCGCCGACAACGAGUGCAUUAUAUGCCGCGAAGAAAUGCAUACUGGUGCGAAGAAGUUGCCUUGUAAUCACAUAUUCCACGCGGCGUGCUUGCGGCUGUGGUUCCAGCGACAGCAGACGUGUCCGACGUGUAGACUGAACGUGCUGCGAGCGCCGGCGCCCGACGCGGCGGCCGGGCCGGCCGGGCCUGCGCCCCCCGCGCCCCCGCUGGCAGGCCUCGCGCCCCACGCUGCGCCCGCGCCCCCGCCACCCGGACCUGUGCCUCCACCCUUCCCGAAUAUGCCUCCACCACCACCUAUGAUGGCGUGGGGUAUGCCACCGCCCCCGCCGCCGCGUCCAGCGUCCCUUGCGAACCUGACCACCGCGGAGCUGCAACGCAUGGAGGGCAAUGAGCGCAGGAACAUUGAAGCGAGGCUACAGUUGCUUCGAGAAAUUCAAGCAAUGCUGGACGCAUCAGUGCUGCUCAUGCAGCAGUACUCGACGGUCGUAGCGAACUUACCGCAGAACAACGUCACUGUGUCUACGCAGACGGAAACGAGAAUAGAAGAGUUAACCAAGGAGUCCCCAAUAUCGACGACUCAAGGGAAGUCGGAGCCGGACGUGGUGCCAACCACUUCAAGUUACAAGCAACCUUCGCCGGUGCCCUCCACCAGCAAAACUAUUGUCACGGAGGACACGAGUCCCAUGCAGCCUGAUACUACUACUCCCGUAGACACUAAUAGAGACAAGACUGAUGUGGACGCCGCCGACGAGUUGAGAAGACGUCGAUUGCAGAAGUUUGCGGUGGAUAAAUGA